AAGGAAGCUGAGCAUAGGGACAACCGAAAGCCGCCGAAAGAUCCCGUGGAAAUCAGACACGCACCGGUGCGGAUUGAUCGCAGGUCGUCACAGCCGCGAUGGCGAGACGAGCGGGAAGACAGAGGAACCAGCUUCCAACGUGUUACUAUGAAGGAUACCUGGAGAAGAGGUCAUUCAAAGAUAAGACGUCUCGAAAACUGUGGACAUGCCUGUGUGGAAACUCCCUCUUCUUCUUCAAUGAUAAGAGGGACACUGAUUACGUAGAGAAACUGGAUCUCCAUCGAUUCAUCUCAAUAACGGACGACACCAGCCAGGACCGUAACCUGGACGCAGCCAGAAUCAACCUCCACAUGAAGGAUGAAAACAUUAAACUAACUGCUCCUCACGCAGAAGCUCGUGAGUUGUGGAAGGGCUUCAUUUACUCUGUCGCUCAGCUGUGUGUGCCCACCUCCCUUAACCUACUACCAGGACAACUGCACAUGCUGAACGAAGCUGUAGAAAUGGAAAAGGAAAGACUUAAGCCUCCACCUGAUCCCACUGAGGACAACUACAGUAAUUACAUCAGCGUCCAAGCAGACAUGCCAAGUUGUUACUACAAAGUGUCCCGUCUGGAGGCAGAGCUGCUACUCGAGAGAGAGUCACCGUGUGGAAACCUGCUGCUCAGACCUGGACGUGAUGGAAAGUCCUUUGCUGUCACGACCAGACAGGAUCACGAUGGACCUGUAAUUAAACACUACCGUGUGGCUCGCAGGCCCGAAGGAGGCUUUAAGAUCGAUUUAGAAAUGCCUGUUCUCUGUGCCACACUGCAUGACGUGAUCAGCUACUUGGUGGAAAACACAGGAGGCGUUCUGAAGCCUCUUAUCAUCGAGGACACCUACGAGAAAAACCUCUUAUUUAUUCAUCCUGAUAAAGAAAAUGGAGAGAUGAGUGUCCAGGAAGCACCGUUGAAUGUCCUCCCUCUAAGUUUACCUCCCAAACCAGUUGCUCGAAGGCUACAGACUCCAGAACCAGUAUUAGUCCAAGGGAACUAUUAUGACAUAGCAGCAGAAGACUCUAAAACAGACACAGAUUCCACAGCUGCUUCUCUGACGCAAAAGGAGAAACACCCUCCAAAGGUUGCAAUCAUGCCUCCAGCUGUUGGUCCUCGCAAAUUUGCCCCCACUACAUCACCCCAAAACACUAACUCCUCCGUCAGCGCGGAGCCGAGGACAAGAGACAAAACCGGUCCUCUGGGACAGAUUCCUGCUGCAGCACUAACUGAGCUAAAAAGAAAGUUGGAGGCUAAAAAACUGGAGGAAGUUCCCGCGCAGUGAGGUCUAGGACGGUAUCGCCAGCACUGUGUGAAAGCUGACAGAGCCCAGGUCUCCUCUACAAACCAACCAGCACUGGCAGAGCCAAGCUGUUGUCACUCAUCAUCGGCUCCUCCUCCUCCUCAGCUGGCUGUCGGUAGAGAAGGGCCUCUGAAGAUUAACACUUUAUUGAUCUGUCCUUCUCGGACACUCGUUAGUGGAUUAAUAGACUGUGAAGAGGUGUGUACGCGUCACAUUAAGUUAAUGUUUCUCUUGUACAUUUUGCACAUUUUUCCAAUCACAUUAGAUCACACCUGUCAGCUAGUGUUUGAUGUGACCACAUUUAAUAUACAGAUUUGUAUUUGUUUUUAACAAACAUUGUUUUUUUUUUUUUUGAGAAGUGACCCCUAAUGAAGGCAAACCGAUUUUACUAUAUAUAUUGUUCCUACCUCCUGUAUAUGAAGUUAUUUUUAUUUUUUUUAGUGAAUCAAACACUUAUAUAUAUAUAUACAUAUACACAUAUUAAAUCAAAGUGUAUGUGUCAUGCAGCAGCUGGAUGUUUUAUGGCUCCUGUUUUUUUCAUCACCACACGCUUUUCUGUUGAUUUUGUUUUGUGUCUUACCGAAGCAGCAACCUGAAAACAAAGUGGCUCCGCUCCUUUAUUACCUCAAGGACUGAUACAAUAUAAUGGAAAACCUCCGACUAUUUACAAUAAACUGUGAGCAUGUGAAAUAAAAUAAACAUAAUUCUCAGCUGGA